AAAUUAACAGGAUUAACAGAGUUGGAAAGGGACCUUGAAGGUUAUCUAGUCCAACCCUAGUGCCCCCAUGGAGGCUAUGGAAGAGGAAGAUCCCUCCGAGAGGGAGCUGAUCCCGAGCGAGGAGGAGGACGAGGUGGAAGAGGUGGACGAGGAAGGGGCAGCCAAGAAACACCGGCAACUGGUAGAUGCCCUCACCGCCUUGGUUGGUGGGAAGCGACGACGAAAGGUUGAACGUACUGAGGCCAGCGCGCAGAUUUCAGAGUUCGACGUGGGUGGUGGUGGUGGUCAGGGAAGCUGCUUACACUCAGACGGCCGAAGCGCUGAACAAAUGGGAUCCCGUCGUGAAGCAGAAUCGUCGGGCGGAGCAGCUGAUCUUCCCGCUUCAGCAGGAGAGCGUGAGCAUUGCGCCCAUUGAGGAAGUGAUCUCGGGUUGGCAGGCACGGACCCCCUUGGAGCACGAGAUCUUCAGCCUUCUCCACAAAGCCCAGCAGCCGGUGAAGGAUCCGCUUUUGACCCCCCAGGAAAAAGUCUCGUUGAAAGCCAUGAGCCUGGAAGAGGCUAAGCUGCGCAGAAUGGAGCUCCAGAGAGCCCGGGCUUUGCAGUCCUAUUACGAAGCAAAAGCCCGACGGCAAGGGAAAAUAAAGAGUAAAAAGUUUCACAAAAUGGUUAGGAAGGGGAAGAGUCGGAAGGUCCUGCAGGAGUUUGAGACGCUGCGGAAAUGCAACCCGGAGGCUGCCCUGGAACAGCUGGAGAAGAUUGAGAAAGCCCGGAUUGAGGAGAGGAUGAGCCUCAAACACCAGAAUAAGGGCAGGUGGGCCAAGUCAACUGUCCUUAUGGCAAAGUAUGACCUCCAGGCUAGGCAAGCUAUGCAAGAGCAACUAGCUCAGAACAAAGAACUAACCAAGAAGGUCCCUCCAGCGUCAGAAAGUGAAGAAGAAGACGUAGGUGACAACCCUGAAGCAGAGAAGGCUCUUGUUCCAGAUGUGGUCAAUGAGAGGCAUCUCGGAAUGGCUUCCAACAACCCCUGGAUGUUAGGAAAAAGUCCUACAGAAUCCAAGGAGAAGCCAAGUCUCCCAGCAGAAGACAGCGAAGAGAGUGAGAAAGAAGGAGAAGAGCCACUCAUGGCCAACGAGAAGGACCCAUCUCAAGGUUCUGACGGUCAGUGGCAGAGCCUUAAAUGUCUUCAAGGUUCCUCAUCAAACCAGCGCCUGGACCCCCAAGGAAAGACCGUCACCUGCCCCAUGUCCUGCUGAACGAACGGCGGAAUGUUUUAGCCGCAGCUCAUCAG